ACGAUACGAUCAAACUGGAGCUUGCAUAAAACCCUUGAAAUUCAUCACUUAAACCCAUAUCACGCCCUAGUGAGUAGUGGCCACACUGCACGCCGUCGACGAUCCCAUCUUUCCGGUAUCCAAACAGAUCAUACUUUUCGCUCUCUGCGGUUUCACUCUAUUCUUCCAUCCAACAUGAGUCGACCAAUGGAGGAAGAUGCACCAACCAAGAAUGAGGAGGAGGAGUUCAACACUGGGCCUCUCUCUGUAUUGAUGAUGAGUGUCAAAAAUAAUACACAGGUUCUUAUUAACUGCAGGAAUAAUAAGAAGCUUCUAGGCCGUGUUAGGGCGUUUGACCGACACUGCAAUAUGGUGCUGGAAAAUGUUAGAGAGAUGUGGACUGAGGUGCCCAAGACAGGAAAAGGCAAGAAAAAGGCUCUUCCGGUUAACAAAGAUAGAUUUAUCAGCAAGAUGUUUCUUCGAGGCGAUUCAGUCAUCAUUGUGCUUAGAAACCCCAAGUGAAAGGAUUUGGUCCGUCUUUUAUCGGCUUGUCUUGCAAGAAAAAUGUCAUUGGUAGUACUUAUAAUGGUAGCCAUUGUAUGUUAGUUGGAAAAAAACCUGGUUUGUAUGCCUUCUGUAGUAUGAGGACCCGUAACUUCUCUUUGCUUUCGUUCUGAGUUUGGUUAAGAAAAAGUUAUCUAUCAACUGAAACAUCCCUUUUUAAUCGAGCAUUUCAAAUGUCGUUUGUUUA